AUGCAUGCGUCAGACAAAGGCAUCUGUUUCUGUUCUGCAUCAGCGUCCUGUGGCAUAAGCAGCUGGGGACAGUUCCUUGCGAUAGUCUUGGUGGUGACCGCUCUGAUCUUGUUCUCCGUGCUGAUGAGUCUCCUCGGCCUCUAUAUGUGGAAGUCUCACAAACUAUAUGAAAAAAUUCCCCAGAUGAGGAUGUGGGAGAAAAGGCUGAAUGACGCUAUAAAGCUGGAGGCAGGAGACCUGGGUGUGCAUUGUAAACUCUGCUGGGACUACACCUGGCUGCAACGGGGAGGGGCCUGCUACCAGCGCACGACGUUGUUGAUGCCCUGGAAAAACUGCAUCAGGAAAUGCAAGAAAUACGGAGCCAGACUUUUAAAGAGCAGCACAGAUGCGGAAAUGGAGUUCAUGCUCCGGGAGUCCCGUAAAUGGUACACCGUAAAAGACCACAACCAUGUCCCUGAGAAGACGUGGAUCGGUCUGAUCUUCAACCUGUCUCGGAACACCUGGCGCUGGGCAGACGGAGAGUAUCUGCACAUCCGAAUACCUGUGGAACUAAGAACGCCUUUCACGCCCCGAGAAUUUUGUGUUGUAGUUAGCAACGGCCGGGCAUUCACCAACAACUGCACUGAGCAGAUCAGUUGUCUGUGCAAGAGAGAAAUGCACUGAAACCGCCGACAUGCACCGAAAGCCAUCCUUUCUCCUCUUUCACAAUGUUGUUUCACUCCUUUGGCGGCCCAGUAUGACAUCACGGAAAUAUCAGGAAACACCUCUGUAAAUGAAAAUAACCAAAGAUAUUUCUUGUUCUUUAAAGAAGUUGGAUGCCUACAUCACGUUCUUACAUCCCUUUGAUCCUGGCUAUCUAUGCCAUUGUCGUAUCUCUCCCGCAACGCUGCUUUUCACCGCUUUCUCUUGCAAUGUUGAGGAAAUUAGCAAUGGUUCACAGUGACUGUUGGCGUUCCUUUACCUUUCGUGGGCUGAUAAUUUUUGGUAUUGCUGUUCAGAUGUUUGCUUGUUGUUAGCAGAUGGAGAGGUUGAUAAGUUUAGAAGUAUAUCUAGGUUAGAAUGUGUCUAUUUACGGCACUGAAUUAGUGACCACCGGUUGGCUGAAGCUGGGUUGUGAGAGCUUGAAAGUCACUGGAAAAUGCGAGUGGGGAUCAGAAUCAGCAAGACACAAGAGCUGUUCCUGCAAGGUGUGGAGACUUGAAAUAGGAAAGUCCCCUUUCUUCUGCCCUGGAAACCAUUUGGGCAGAAAAGAGCCAAGAAGCCACCGAUGGACACGUACAGACAUGAGCGCAUGAAGACCACACAAACUCCUGGCCGAGGCUGUGGGUAAACUGCCAAGCUUAUGCAACCUUGGGCGACUGCACCAUACUAAUGCCCAACUGCUGAAGUUGUAGGACUGGAUAAGUGUGAGAGAGAGAUUUCAGAACUCCAUGUUAUUGUUGAGUUAACCUUACCAUCCAAUGCUAGGGUUUGGCUGGGAUAUGUUACAGUAAAACUGAAUUGAACCAGAGCUCCGGUCAGUUUUGUGUCUUUCAAUAGCCUCUUCUAACAGUCCCCAGGUAAGGUCCUGAUCAGUCCAAAUCCAGAACUGUGUUAAGGCAUGGUGAACAGCGUAACAACCUCUCUUCUUUCCAACAGCCUGAUUCUUGAGAUGUUGGUUUCAGGUGUGUCCAGGAGUUUGAUCUACCAUUGACUUAGACCCACAAAGACCUCAUACACACGGUCCCUCUAUUUUAUUGACCUCACAGCCCCCAGCACACUCCUUGAGAUCCACUUCUAGACCGUUUGUUCCUCUCAGGUUGCACUCAAUUUCCAGGACCCCUGCUGUCCACACCUGACUCAUCCCACCUUGCAGCUCUGCUCUUCCACAUCGGUUGUUGCCCGCUCAAGGCAGAUUGGACCAAACAAACCCAUUUCCUAGGUAGAUAAAGAAGCUUUCCAGAAGCAGCCCAGGGAUUUGCUGGGAAGUUGGA